AUGGCGGCUUUCACACCUUUGCUGCUGCUCCUCAUGGUGUUCAUCGUUUCUGCUGUUCAGAAAGAAAUUCACUUUUAUCACAUCAGCACUGUUCACUACAGCCCUUUCCACACUACCUCCCCCGAGCUCCCGGAUACUGUCCGGCCGGAUGAUGAGAAUCUGGAUUCAGAAGAGACCCAAGAACUUUUCAUCCACCUUCUGGAGAUCAUAUAUAACAGUACUGAACAUGCUGAGAGGAAUAUCUGUGAGAUGGAGAGAUUCUCCAGAGGAGCCGUGACCUUACCGAACUCUACAUCUGACCACGGACUUACCGUCCUGUACCGGAUAGCGACGGACGAUACGGUUCAGUGUGUGGUGCUGAACAGUGAUCUUCCUGUGGAUGAAGAAGAUUCACCCAGCCUCAGCCAGGUCAGCAGGGACUACCUGGUGCGGAGGUGCAUGGAGAGGAUCUUCAGGGGUUGUUAUGAGGCGGCGACCGGUUCUGAAGAUGAUUUCUGGUUUAAUUCAACCUUUAAUAACAUCAGUGACUGUGUGAAUUCUCACCUGGUCAGAAUCAUCUUGACAGCAAAACCUCCAGCUGAAGAAGCCACCAGAGAAGACCUAAACGAUGUUCAGAUGGAUGAAGACCAGGGUGGAGAAGAUUCGGAUCAAGUCAAGAGAAGGUUGGCUGCUUCUAUGGAUAUUCCUCUAACUCUGGCUGGUGAUGAUUUUGAUCAGAAGGGACUGACUCCAGCUGGACCUGGUGAUUAUGAAGGUCAGAACAGACUGAUUCCAGCUAGACGAAGAUUUGCUGCUUCUAAGGAUAUUCCUCUAACUCUGGCUGGUGAUUAUGAAGGUCAGAACAGACUGAUUCCAGCUAGACGAAGAUUUGCUGCUUCUAAGGAUAUUCCUCUAACUCUGGCUGGUGAUGAUGGUGAUGAUGGUGAUGAAGGUCAAAACAGACAGGCUGCAGGACUGACCCCAGAUAGACGAAGAUUUGCUGCUUCUAUGGAUAUUCCUUUAACUCUGGCUAAUGUUUGUGGUGAGGAUGAUGAAGGUCAGAAUAGAUUGACUGCAGGACUGAGCCCAGCUGGACGAAAAUUGGCUGCUUCAAUGGAUAUUCCUUUGACCUUGGCAGAGACAGCAGAAUCUUUUGACCAGUGAAGAAUCAGAAAUUUGCAGUGGACACAAUCACCUGCAAAAAUGUUCUGGUUGUCAUAAUUUUUUUGGCAAAAAUACGACAUUUGUGUGUUUCUUUGGUUGCUGCUGCCGCCUUCUGACAACUGAUUUCUAAAUAACCCUCCGUUUGUAUUUUGUAUUUUGUAUUAAAACUUAUGUAAAACAGUAGAUUUUCUACACGUUGUCAGAGUUUAAACUGUGUACUGUAAUAAUUAAAUAUUUAAUAUUGAAUAUUGUUAUUUUUUAUUGAAACUGUUUUUUUAUAUGAUGUGUUUUUAUGUGUAUAUAUUUGUUUUGCAUUUACUUGAUCUGAGAUUAGAUUUUCAGCUUUAUUUUAAGAGCAUUGGGUCAACAACUUUACUUGGUAACUGUUACAGUCUGGUCAAAUGCAGUAUAAACCAGAGAAACAAACUGAUCGCUUAAAAUGUUUACUUUUUUGU